AUGGGCAACCCACGGGCGAUACAAUUCCUAUAUGAUACUGUAGCCCAUAGGAAACCAGAUUAUAUCUUUUUAUGUGAAACUUUGUGUCGUAAGGAUGUGUUGGAGCGAGUUCGAGCUAAGCUGAAGUUUGAAGGUAUGUUUGCGGUUGAUGCAUGUGGUAGGAGUGGGGGGGUUGCUUUACUAUGGAGGCAUAAGGAAGAUGUCAAAGUAUUGAACUAUGCCACUAAUUUUGUGGAUGUGGAGGUGCGGCCUACUGAUGUUGGGGAGUGGCGUCUUACGGGGUUCUAUGGGGAAUCUAAGAGAAGUUUGCGUGGGGCUUCCUGGGAGCAACUCCGGACGUUGGCUCGUGGAAACACUCUUCCUUGGUGUGUAAUUGGGGACAUGAACAAUGUUUUAUCUCAAGAGGACAAAAAAGGGGGACAUCUCUAUCCUAACUGCUUGGGAGUCGCAAAUUUCGCUUUGAAAAUUGCGGCCGGGAACCUCUGUGUUAUCGAAUUGGUAAAGGAGUGUUGGGAGGAGUAUAAUCUAGCGGGUAUCCAAGAGAAAAUACAACGGUGUGGGGAAUCUCUUUCGGUUUGGGGCAAAGAUUAUUCGGGUAAUUUUGCUUCUCGUAUACAAUAUUGGAAGAAGGAGGUGAGACGGUGGAAGCAAGGUAGAGAUCCUGAUGCUAUUUCUAAAUAUAAGGAAGCUGAGACAGAACUUUUUGAAGUUCUUACUCAGAAGGAGGUGUUUUGGCGUCAACGAUCGAAACAAUUGUGGCUUCAGGAGGGGGAUAAAAAUAGCAAAUUUUUCCAUGCAACGGCUUCUUCUCGGCGCCGUAUGAAUGCUAUUGAUAAACUCCAAUGCGAAGAUGGAAGUUGGGUUGGUAGGGAAUCGAAUUACAUCGGAUGUCAUGUGCUCUUGCUUCCAGAACACAUUUACUAG